AUGUCCUGCUCGUGGCUCUCCUCGAAUUUCGGCAGCUCCUCAGGCAAACAUGCCACGGGCUCUAUUCUGAAAAAGUCCGACUCCAGCGCCCGCGCAGCGUUGAACCGUUUACGCGGGUCCAUCGUGAGCAAGCCCGACAACAGACGCAAACACGCCGGCGUCAUAAUGGCACCGUACUCGCUCUCCAACGUCCGCUGGUACUCGACAUGGAGAUUGACUCCGUUUCUGUUGAUAAGCUCUGCGUUCGGGAAGACUUCUGGGGUAGGCGAUCCCAGCAGCCUGAAAAUCAUGUCUGCCUGGUCCAGGUCGCUCUUUCCCUCGAGAAUCGGCUUUUUCUUGAACAUCUCGCCCAAAACACACCCGAUCCCCCACAUGUCCACGGCGGUGGUGUACUUGCGUUCGCCAAGCAAUAGUUCUGGCGGUCGGUACCACCGAGUAACAACCAGUCCUGUGUACUCGACAAGUCCUCCACCGGCUCCCGACGAGGCGUCUUUGGGUGGCGGGCCAUGGUACACUCUGGCGAGCCCGAAAUCUGCAAUCUUGACGACUCCGAACCAGUCGAGCAAAAUGUUUGCGGUCUUGAUGUCUCUAUGCAAAUAG